CACGGGAUGAUGCGGCAGUGAAUCACUGGCGCAGAGUGGCCCAUCGGCAGCCGGAGUUCGACAAGUCACCAGUCGCCAGUCACUUGCAUCUUGAAACCCUCCAGUGGUCCCACGGCUGUCAUUCUCAACCUUCCACCUUCCACCUUUCUCUCCCUCACUCUCUCUCCCAUCUCGACAGUUGAACCGUACUUUGUCCCUUGCGUCAUUCCGUGAGGCCGUCACCUCCGAACCUCGUUCUGUGCCUGCUGCUGCGUCUAUCGUCUACCCCUCGUUUCCGUUCCGGCCGCAUCCUUGUAUCGUCGUCUGCCACCAUCUCCCUCACUCGCCACUCUCCCUCGUCGCUCUCCUCACUCGCCCGCCACUCACACCAUGUCGUCCUCCAUCGCCAUUCCCGCUGGCCCCUCGGCUACGCACUCCUACCACUCUCCCAAGGGCACCGGCUCUUCUGCCAACAGUCCCUACUCGAGCUCGCCUUCGUCCCCGCCUUCCGCCCGCAAGAGCAAGGCGCUGCACACCCGCCGCCAAAGCCUCCUGAGCUCUGCCAUCUCCAAGCAAGAAUGCACUGUCAUUAACAUCGGCGACCCGGACGGACCCCCUCGCUUGAUCUCGUACCUUUCCUCCAGCCAAGGCUUCGCUUGGAACCCGGAAAUCUUCCUCCCCUCCUACGUCGAUUGCGAUUACGUCCCCUUGGAGAACCGCCGAGACCCCGUCCACGAGAUCCUCCUCAGCGAUGAGGAGUCCAAGAACCUCCUGCCGCAAUAGGUUACCUUUCCUUCAACAUAUACCCGGAUCGACCUGCGACUUAGACAUUUCCUUCUCGCGAGACUCGACUUGACAUUUUUACAUCACCUGGCGCCUCGGUUCGCCAAUACUUUCGACUGGACAAGGAGUUUAGCUACCGCCGGUAGCAUGGUAGCACUGUUUGAUGGAGUAAUUUAGGAUGGGCAUCCUUGUGAAUGGGCUUGACAGCCUCUUUGAGGCGGAGUACAACAAACAUGGUGGAGCAUCAUGCGGUCAAUAGGACCUGGCAAAUUGGGAUUGGGAUCGGUGCGUAGCCUGGCUUGGCGGGCACUGGGAGUUUGGUCCUUCAGAUUGCUUUGACUCUGCGUUGAUAUUUGUUAGUUGUUGACUUGAUCCUGGUGGCGUUGUUUCAUGGCUGUAUGUUAACUCUCCUCAAUUUACUGGUUCCGAGUA